AGACUCAGUUGUCAGUUUAAUCGACGGUGCUGUCAAAGUAGGCAGCUGUUUACGUUUUGUAUCGUUAUUUUGCGAUCGUUUUGCUAUAUUUUAUUGUUUUUAAAUUAACUAUUUUAAUAAACGGUUUUGAUAGUGAGAUAUAAUUGUGAUAAUUCAAGAUUUUUAAACCAUGUCAGAUGUCAAGAGGUGAAAUAAUUCUGUGUUUUGUGUUUUAACGUGUGAGUGACAGAUAUUAUAUUGUUUGGGAUUUGGCGUGAUAAACAUAAACGGUACGUCCGAAUGAACUUCUGAAUUAGUUUUCAUUGUGUCAAUUCUGUCUCAAAGACACAGCACGGCAUGCGCACACCCGCCCGAGUGAUGCCACACUGCUGACGUAUCCCCCACAAUGGUGCUGUCGUGGCGCUCGCUCGCGCUGCUGGCCGCGCUCGGCGCGUGCGCGCGCGCCGCGCUCCCGGUGCCGAUGUACCACAACCACUUCGCGGUGCACGUGCCGGCGGGCCGGGAGCACGUGGACGAUAUAGCGAGACGGCACGGAUACGUUAAUCAUGGACAGAUUGGAGCGCUGAAAGAUUACUACUUAUUAUCUCACCAUGAGGUUCACAAGCGAUCCACGGAACCAAACGUGGAGCAUCAUCGCAAACUGAACGAAGAACCACAGGUGAGAUGGUUCGAACAGCAGCGCGAGAAAAAGCGGGUGAAGCGCGACUACAAGCCCUACGAAGGUCCGCUCUGGUCGCAGCUUUCAAGGCGGUUGCCAUCCCACCGGACGAGGCAUCGGGCCAUUACUCCAUCGCUCUUCCCUGACCCGUUGUUUAGGGAAGAGUGGUAUUUGAAUGGUGGAGCAAAAGAUGGCUUAGAUAUGAACGUAGCACCAGCGUGGACUAAAGGUUACACGGGGAAAGGUGUAGUAGUCUCAAUCCUGGAUGAUGGAAUUCAGACGAACCAUCCCGAUCUUGCACAAAAUUACGAUGCCCUUGCGUCAACUGACAUAAACGGCAACGAUGACGAUCCCAUGCCUCAAGAUAACGGUGACAAUAAGCACGGAACUAGAUGUGCUGGUGAAGUCGCUGCAGUGGCGUAUAACCAAUAUUGCGGUGUGGGUGUGGCGUACAACGCGAGUAUAGGCGGUGUUAGGAUGUUGGACGGUGUGGUCAAUGAUGCAGUAGAAGCCAGAGCCCUGGGCUUGAAUCCUGACCAUAUCGAUAUCUACAGCGCUUCUUGGGGGCCUGAAGAUGACGGUAAGACUGUUGAUGGACCGGGGCCACUGGCUAGAAGAGCAUUCAUUUAUGGAGUCACAAGCGGUCGACGUGGGAAAGGCAGCAUAUUUGUUUGGGCAUCUGGCAAUGGAGGCAGGCAUACUGAUUCAUGUAAUUGCGAUGGAUAUACUAAUAGUAUAUUUACUCUGUCAAUAUCGAGUGCCACUCAGGGAGGGUACAAGCCAUGGUAUUUAGAAGAAUGUUCGUCUACGCUAGCCACUACGUACAGUUCAGGAACACCUGGGCACGAUAAAAGCGUAGCAACAGUAGACAUGGAUGGAAGAUUACGACCCGAUCAUAUUUGUACAGUGGAACAUACAGGAACCUCCGCUUCUGCACCGUUAGCAGCUGGUAUAUGUGCAUUAGCUCUAGAAGCCAAUCCAGACUUAACGUGGCGGGACAUGCAAUAUUUAGUUGUGAUGACGUCUAGGCCACAACCGUUGGAACGAGAAACUGGAUGGAUUGUGAAUGGUGUAAAUAGAAAAGUAAGUCAUAAGUUUGGCUAUGGAUUGAUGGAUGCAGCCGAGAUGGUUAAUUUAGCUGAACAAUGGAUAUCUGUACCUCCCCAACACAUCUGUAAAUCUCAAGAAAUUAAUGAAGAUAAACCCAUAGAUUCUACGCCUGACUACACUUUAACCGCACGCAUGGUGGUUAAUGGGUGCAGUGGAACAGUGAAUGAAGUUCGUUACUUAGAACACGUUCAGUGUAAGAUAUCGUUACGUUUCUUCCCAAGAGGUAAUCUGCGUAUAUUACUGACUUCACCGUCGAAUACAACAUCUUCUUUAUUAUUUGAACGACCUCGGGAUGUGAUUAGUUCCAAUUUUGAUGAUUGGCCCUUCUUAAGUGUCCACUUCUGGGGUGAGCAAGCAGCGGGUACAUGGACUCUGCAGAUAGUCAAUGCUGGUAAAAGACACGUUAACCAGCCAGGUAUACUUAAAAAGUGGCAAUUAAUAUUUUAUGGAACAGCUGUAGAUCCUAUAAAGUUACGCUCGAAACGACCACCGCCAUUCGGUUUCUCAACAGCCGUCGAUGGCUACGAUUCUGUCGGGGAUUUUUUUUACAACACUGACGCGUUUACCAAUUACCAGAACUAUCCUACAUUAUUUGCUGCCGGAUCUGAUCCCGAAAAAGCAAUAGCCCGCCUCGAUGGACACAACGUCCCUUCACCGCAUGGGGAAAGUGUCCUCGCUGAUAGUAAUGAUAAGCGCGUCAUGCACGAAUGUGACCCCGAAUGCGAUUCCCAAGGCUGCUAUGGAAAAGGACCAACGCAAUGCAUCGCUUGCAAGCACUACAGGCUUGACGACGCUUGUGUAUCUCGAUGCCCUCCGAGAAGUUACGCGAACCAGGGUGGAGUUUGCUGGCCAUGUCACGAAUCUUGUGAGACUUGUGUGGGACCCGGACAAGAUUCUUGUUUGACGUGUGCUCCAGCGCAUUUACUAGUUGUUGAUUUAGCCGUUUGUUUACAACAGUGUCCUGACGGUUACUACGAAGAUAGCGACACGUCGACAUGUCGACCGUGUGCCGUGCAUUGUUCGACAUGUUCAGAAAAGGCUGACGCAUGUACUUCAUGUGAACAUCAUCUCGUUUUAUAUAAUGGAACAUGCACAGCCUCUUGUCCGCCUUCGACAUACGAAACGGACGAUUAUAAUUGUGCCAAAUGCCACCCCACGUGUGAUACGUGCGUGGGGCCUGGCGCGGCUCAGUGCGUCACUUGCCAUCCAUCUAAUUACAUCUUAGAUGGUAGAUGUGUCAACGCGUGUCCAAACGGUUAUUAUGCGGACAAAAAAAGAAAAGAAUGUCUCAAAUGCCCUGUCGGUUGCACGAAUUGUUUAAGCACUUUUUGUCUCAGUUGUGACACCAAUUGGGCACUGAACAAAAAAGGCAAAUGUCUCCCAGUGGGAAGCGAUCGGUGUACACCGAGAGAGUUUUCUGAUGGAAAUAAAUGUCGCCCAUGCCACGACGCCUGCGAAUCGUGUUAUGGUGAAAAUGAGAUGAAUUGUUUAACUUGCCAGUCGCCUAACCUUCUGCAGAAUUAUAUAUGCGUGCCGGAAUGCGGGCGCGGUUAUUACGCGGAGGCGGGACGCUGCGUGCGCUGCGUGCACGGCUGCUCGCGGUGCGCGUCGCGGCUCAACUGCACGAGCUGCGAGGGCGCGCUGCGGCUGCAGUCUGGCGCUUGUCGGACCGCCUGCGCCGAUGGGUAUUACGCGGAUCGCGGCACGUGCGCCAAGUGCUACCUGUCGUGCCGCACGUGCAGCGGGCCGCGGCGCGACCAGUGCGCCUCGUGCCCCACCGGCUGGAGGCUCGCGGCCGGCGAGUGCCACCCGGAGUGUCCGCAAGGUUUCUAUCAAACCGUCGAUGGAUGCCGUCACUGCCACCACUACUGCCGCGAGUGCGACGGCUCCGGCCCGCUCAACUGUAAAUCCUGCCCGCCGCACUUCAUGUUAGACGGCGGUCUAUGUAUGGAGUGCCUCGGCUCGCAGUACUACGACGCCAGCAGUGGAACGUGCCACGCGUGCCACGACACGUGCAGGACCUGUUCCGGUCCCGGACAGUUUAGUUGUACCGGCUGCUCAAAACCGCUGAAGAUUGAUAGAUUAAACAACCAAUGCGUGCGAUGUUGCACAGACCGCGGGGUGGACACAAAUUUAACCGCAACGCAAGACUGCUGUCACUGCCAUCCGGAUACUGGGGACUGUAUAAACUCAUCCGCGGCGAGCAAGCGCCGUAUCGCGCAGUGGGGCGCUUUGAAGAGUCCCUCGGAGACCCGUACCAAGCCUAGCCUGAGUCCGGCUAUGUUGGUUGUGGUGGUGGCUAUAGCUGGUAUUGUGGUCGCUGGGUUGAUGGUAGUGCAGCUGCGGUUCACGAAGCGGCAACGGCGCGCGAGCACGCAGGGCGCCGUGUACUCGCCGCUGGCGUGCGGCGACGACGGUGACGUCACCGUGCUCGCGGCCAGCACGCCGUGCCCCGCCGCCGCCGAGCCGGAGAGCGAGCCGCUUCUCGAACAUUCCGCGUAGCGCGUUGUGUGAUACUAGGUUAGUGCGGGCCCUGUCGAUACUUUUAGUGAUGGGUUUUUUUAUCGAUGUUGAUGCGAAUGGUCGUUUGAUAAUGUUUUUUAUGUAAUUCGUUGAUAAGUCAAAGGCCUUACACGAUAAUGUAAAAUUUGUAUUAAAGUCCGUUUUUAUUGUAAAGGAAUUUUUUCAUAGGGAAGUUUGAGUUUGGACGUAGCUUUUAUAAACUCAUGAGUUUAAAAUGUAACCGCUCGUAAUGAAGGAAUAGUUUCAUUAUAGAAACGUGAACAUUAGUGUGAUAGAAAACAUGUCUCCUUGGUAAUUACAGAGAAACGUGAUACCUAAUCUUAGACGCUGUAAUUAUUUGUACAUCAAAUUAUGUGAAAGUAUAUUUUUUACAAAAAAAAAAACAACGUACGAUAUAAUAUUAUGAACACCAAUAAAACGGUUCCAAUUUCUAGGCUAUACAUAAAUUAUGAGUAAUAAUAUCUAUAGAUAGUUAUGAAAUUGAGUAAAAUAAUACGAUGAUGUAUAUAUAUAUACUGUGCUAUGUAUAAGGGAAGCGAACCGAUAGCUAGAGUGACGUCACAACGUUAGAGCAGGAUAGGUAUAUGUAAUUAUAGUUAGGUGUAAAUUGUAAAUGAACAAAAUGUUCGUUAACAACGGCGCCCUCUGCCGUCUACAUGUGAUAUGAUCGCUUAGGACUUAAUACGUAUGGUAUUUAUUGCUGUUACCUUUUAUAAUGUAUCAUCAUCAGCCCAUCAUGCCUCCUAUGAGGGUUAAAAUUUAUAUAAGAAAUCAAUUUGUAAAUUAGACUUUUAACCAUACUAGGCGCUCGUCCCGGCUCCACCUGGAUAUUAAGAUUCAAGAAGUAUCAUCACCCAAGUCAGUUCACACCCUGUCUGUAUACCAAAUUUUAUCGAAAUCUGUUCAGUAGUUUCAGCGUGAUUUACAGAAAAACAACCAAACAAACAAACUUUCACAUAAAUAAUAUAAGUGUGAUACUUAUAAAUAAUGAAAUAAACGAGAAGGUCUUGAUUGAAUUGCUUCUACCUAAAUAAUCACGUUCAUCCAAUUAACUAAACGUUACUCAUCUAUAAGUUUAAAUCAGUUUUUUUGUUCGUCUUUCGAUUAAACUUACCACCUUCAUUAAAAUCUCGAAUUGCAAUCUCUUCAAUUCGCCUAAAAUCUUAACGUCGAACUGACCUUUUUAAUCAAAAUGACCUCUCUUAUUACGGUCUUCGAAUGUGACAACACUACAUACUACGGCCAAAUAUGUUUACAAUCUAAAUCUUCACACACACACACACACACACACACACAGAAAGCCCGAACAUAACGCUCCGUUUACGAUCACAGGAGCAACCACACCGAAAACGAUGUCAAACACUGCAGAUACGAAAAUUCGUUUGCGGUCAAAGUUGGUCGGUCGUAAAUUUAAAUUAUGGCCCGCACAGAAUCUGCUUACGGCGUCUUGCUCUCAAGUCAAUAGUUAAACAUCGGGAUCUACAACUACGCAAGUUUGCUGGCAACACUCAAACUGCGCUGUGUACAUCUGAGGCCCGAAUUAAUCGCCGAUCCGGGAAUGUGUUAAUCCUUUAUAAUGUAGAUAAGAAAUUGUGGUUCGCCGAAAGUUUGCGUAAACGGGCAUACUCGCAUUGCGCUUCGUCAUUUGUUUGGGGUGAGUUUUGUGGGGGCUUUAAACGAAAUGGCAGCCGGGGAUAAUGUUAUUCUGGUGACACUCAAUUUUUAAUUAUAAAAUAGUCGUUCGUAUUGUCGUAUAUACUAUAUUCUUUUGUAACAUGUCCAUAGGUCUGAAUGUAGAUAACUCGCUCCCUUUCCACUACUAUUUUACAUGUUAUUUAUUUCGACCAUAAAGCGCAGCGUGCUAAUUAACUAAACAUUUAAUCGCGCACGAGGACUGUGCAUAAACAAAUACCAUAAAGUCACAAAAGUUACGCAUAGUUCGCGCGGGCAACUAAAUCAAUAGCGCUGGCAACCCUAUCGUUAACAAAACUCCGCGGUGUACUCGAGGCUUUAACUUUUAAUUGGUGUUAACAUAUAACAAGGGCUUCGGUAUUGCAGCAUUGUGCACUUGACUCGCUAGAUUUUGACACUGAAAAUCAAUUAUUUUAAUUGAGUCGAGUUGCGGUGCGCUUUAUGUUUCAAAGAACCGUUGGAGUUGUGCGGUUAAAUAAACAGAGACUAGCAUAGACAAUUCCGUAGUGUAUUUUUGGAUCAGAAAUAUAAAAAUUAUAAAAAAAAACUAUAAAUAUUGUGUUUUUUUAAAGGUAACAGCAAUAAAAUUAAAAUAAUCAUGGUAUCUUAUACAUACUAUUUUUAAUAUUGACAAAUUAAAGUAAAUUAUAUCUGGAUAUUCACUAAUUUGCUUUUAAACAUCACGCCAUAGUCGAUGCCAGAUUUGUGAAUUUUUUUCUACGUAUUUCGCUCUAUAGUAGCGUCGCGAUUUUGGAAUAACAACAAGGAAUAUUCUCGAAUUUUAAUUGAACUCUUUUGUUUAUCGUAAUUGUGUGUAGAAUUAAUUUACGCGCACAAUACACAUGUCUAUCAAAUUGUUAUUCUAAAAUCGCAAAUAUAAUUAUUUUAAGUAGUUAAUAGGACCAAAA